GCCCAGCCCGACUAGUCAAAUGCUAAGGCCUAUGUCAGUUGGGCUCCGGCGGGUACUUGCAAAAUCUUCGUCUGUUUUGCACAGUCCACUGAAAAGCUGUAAUUCCAUUUAAUCUAUCAUUCCUUUCAAGUUUCAGUUACCAAAUAAUUGCAUCCCCGGAACUGAAUUGAAGCUUCAAUCUUUCAAUUAUAUCAAUCACCAACAGAAAAGGAUUCCUUGUCUAUAAUAACUGCAUUUUUUACUGCUGGCUAUGAAAGAGAAAGUCCGUCCAGUGAAACCUCACUUUUUCAAGCCAAUUCAGCCAGGUUUCAAGCAGGCUCUGAAAAUUCCUACUGGUUUCUUGAAGUAUCUGAAAGGAUAUGACCAUAUUGAACAUGCAAUACUUAGAAGCGGCAGUAAGCAGUGGCGGGUUAAGGUGAGCGGCUGUCGAUUCGAAGCGGGUUGGGCUGAUUUUGCACAACAGCAUGAUUUGCAGUUAGGAGAUCUGUUGAUUUUCAGACAUGAAGGAAACAUGGAGUUUGAGGUUACCAUCUUUGAUUCAAGUGGAAUUGUCAGAGAAUAUGCAGAGUAUUUGCAAGAAGAAAAGGAAGGAGAAGCAGCACAUACUUUUGGAGAGACUUCCGAGGAUUUUGAAUUUGAAGAAAAGCCAAGCCCCGGCAUCAAGUCGUCAAACAAGGUUUCUUCCCAUGCAGAAGCAGCUACUCAUUUUGAAUGCACUAUUAGACCCUAUUGCCUUUCAAGAAGUUUCUUGAUACUUCCUCAACAAUUUGCAAAUAGUCUCACCAACAAGAAGUGCUAUUUGAUUCUAAGAGAUGAAAGACAAAGGACGUGGAAUUUAAAGCUAAGUUCUAAUUGCCAAAAGCGAGUUUAUAUUGGAGGUGGCUGGCGUAAAUUCAUCGCUGAUAAUCGUUUAAAGGAGGGAGAUCGUAUUAUGUUUGAGCUUGUUACUGAUGGAGGGACAUCAAUAUGGAAGUUUCAAGUUGUUAGUGAUGCAGAAACUCCAAUGGAGAAGUCUCAAGACAUUAGGAAAAAGCCCUCAAACAUGAGUCCUCUCAAUGCAAAAGUAUCUACUUCAACUUCUGGUGAUGAUAAUGAUCUUCCUUAUUUUAUUUCAACCAUUAAACCUUAUUGCACCAAGAAGUCAGUUUUGUAUUUCCCAUUGGAUUUUGCAAAGUCAAAUGGAUUAAUGAAUAGAAAGUGUGAGAUGAUUCUGAAAGACGAAGAACAGAGAUCUUGGACAGUGUGGCUAGGGAGAGAUUCACAUCAUUUUGGAAUUAUAAAUGGAUGGUCAAAAUUCAGAACAGCAAAUGGUCUCCAAGUAGGAGAUACUUUCAAGUUUGAACUCAUCAAGAAUGAAGAAAUACCUAUAGCGCACCUCCAUUGCAAAUAUUCUGAAAAGGUUGCAAAGAGGGAGGGACAAUAGUGAAGCAACUUGACUUUUGGGGUCCUUUUUUUUUUUAAUCAAAAUUUUGUCAAUCCAAUAUAUGUGCAUAGCCUCAAAAUUUUCUUCUACAAAUCUCCAAGUAAUGUAAAUGUCUGAGAACUGCUAUUUGAAAGACUUGAAAGUAAUGACUGGCCUAGCCAUCUUUUUGUCCAGGCCCCAAUUACUCAGUUUAAACUACUAGGAUAUUUUGUACCAUAUGGCCUUUCCUAAGUUCAUUUGUUAAAUUAUGUUCUCAUUA